AGAGUUUUUCUGCCUGUCUGUGGUGUUGUCGUUGUGUGUGUACGUCGGAUGUGUGUUGAUGUACGUAACCUCGUUACGUGCGUGAUAACGCCACUGUUCAAUUAAAUAUUGUGUGAUUGUCCGACGUGUUGCACAGAAGUAAUCUAUAGUCGUCUAGUAUUUUUAUGGAAUUGAAUCGCGGCUUGAAAUUCGAAGGCAGAGGCAGAGAGAGUGGCGCCAUUGACAAAUGUCGAAGUUGAAAUGGAGGCGUCGUCCAUCAUCACCCAGGUUACCCGUGAAGAGGAUCAGAUAACUAGUUUUGCCCAAGAAAAAGUUAUUGUAAAAACAGUCAGUGGUUCAAGCAGUACUACUGGAAGUGUAAAAAAAUCAGCCAGAGGUUUUCUUAGGUCCUUGUUCUGUUGCCUGGGAAAACGAGGCAGCUCUGAUCAAAUCAACAAAUCUUCUAAUAAUGGUGGCAAUUUAGUUAUCAAUGGUGGAGGAGCUGGCAACGGAGGUGGAUUUGAUACAGACAAUGGAGAAGAAAAUGGACGCUGCUCACCUUUGUUACAACAACCAUCAGCAAAGUACCUAUUGCCUGUACCCCACUAUCAAGAUAGUCAAAGGAAGUGUAUGGUGAUAGAUCUGGAUGAAACGCUGGUCCACAGCUCGUUCAAGCCCAUAAGCAAUGCUGAUUUUAUCGUUCCCGUGGAAAUUGAUGGCACGGUUCACCAAGUAUAUGUGCUCAAGCGGCCACAUGUAGAUGAAUUUCUUCGCAAAAUGGGCGAGCUGUACGAGUGCGUGUUAUUUACAGCCAGCCUGGCUAAGUAUGCUGACCCUGUAGCUGACCUUUUGGAUCAGUGGGGCGUCUUCCGAUCCCGCCUCUUUCGGGAAUCGUGUGUCUUCCAUCGUGGGAACUACGUUAAAGAUUUAAGUCGGCUUGGCCGAGAACUCCAAAAAGUGGUCAUUAUCGACAAUUCGCCUGCUUCUUACAUCUUCCACCCUGACAACGCCGUACCGGUCGCUUCGUGGUUUGAUGACAUGUCAGACACAGAGCUCUUGGACUUAGUCCCCUUCUUUGAGCGACUUAGCCAGGUUGAUAAUGUCUACACAGUUUUGCGUAAUUCAAAUCACGCUGCUCUUACCAACCGUAGCGAUUCGCUCAAUCCCAACGUUGAUUUGAAUUCGAUCCCAAUUAAUGUGCCCUAACCUAUCUCCUUCUCAUAAGACGGGCGAUCCAUCCAAUGCAGGGGUUUUUACAAAUUUCAAUCCUAACCUAUUGUAACGCCGACUCUUAUCUAGAUUGUGAGUGAUUUUAAUCUCGUCGUGAGCCUUCGGUGUGGCCUUCGUCUUUUUUUUCCAUGCAGCUAAAUGACUUUAGAAGAAGAAGAAGAAGAAAUUUUUUUGUUUUGACUCGAUGUUUCACACAAGUGCAUAUUAACGGACCCCACCAAUUGGCCAAGGAAAGAAAUGUAAUCAAUUUACCCCAUACUUUCUGUGAGACGGUUGUGCGUUGUUUGUGAGCGUGGUUUCCUUCGUCCACCGAGUGGUUGUAUCACACACGAGAAAAGUGCCUGCCUCUUUCGUCAUUAUCUAUCUACCUGUCAACCCGCGUUAGACACGAGAAUGACCUACGAGUUAUCAAAUGUAAGAAGACGGGAUAGCAAAACAGGAAGAAGAAAGUAGCCAACUGACCAUCGUUCGAAUGACCUUUUGAUAUCUUUCUUUUUUUCCUUUUUUUAUAUUACCUUUCAUUAAAAAAAUUAUUAUAAUCGACUGGUUGUAUUGUGUAGAUAAAACUGUGAAUCUACAGCUGCAUUAUUUGCUGUACAUAAGAAAGAAAAAAAAAUAACUCCCACUUUAGAUUUUUGAUCUAUAUUGGAUAGGCUGCGUUGGAUGUUUUCUUUUGGGGUCAAGUGCCUUGUGUUUUUUCCCUAAAAAACUUUGUUUUUAAUUUGUUCUUCCCACACACAAAAAAAAAAAUCAUCCAACGUACCGAUCACUAACUCGUGUUCAGAAAUCAUUUUUUGUAACUUCGAAAAUCGUGUUCCAUUUUCUUUUCUUAGUGUCCUAAGUUGAUUUGUUUAUUCAUUAACUCAUACUCAUCAUCUUUCUUCCCCUUGCUCAUCCAUUUACUACAACCUGGACAGUUACUCUGUAGAGACAUAAUCCAAGGGUGGGAAAUUUAUGGAACUAAUUCGGUCUGUCUUAUUGGUUACGUUCCCAUUUUCUCUCCACGUUCUUCAUCCGCCGGUGUUGAUUCCUUGAAAAGUUUAUUAUUUCUUUAAUUCUUUCGCUAAUGUUUUAUAACCGUUUUUAAUGCUUGUGGUUUCAUCCACAUUUCACGCCAGCUAAGCCUAAAACAUCAAUAUUACCUUUAAAGUGUUAUGUCCCCCACUUUCUGCGCUCUUUUUCAUCUUGACUUUUGUUACCGUUGGUUUGUUUAUUUUUAUUUUUUCCUUUGUCUACUUCGUCAUUUCUGUUGAUUGGAGCAUCCGUAUAUCUUUUCUGCACGCCAUGGACUACGUCGUUUCAAACGGUCAUGUCCUAGCCCCUCAUCUCAGCCGCAAGUGCCUCCCCCCGUUUGCGAAUUUAAUCCUUAAAGGUGUUGGUCAGAAAUGAUCCUUUGAAACAUCACUCUAACAUGGUCAAACGAGGUUAAAUCGCAUCUAAUAAAACUACCAAACCGGUGUGCCAUAUACAAUCCCAAUUAUAAGAUCUUAAGCGAAAAGAAAAACGUCUGGCGGUGGAAACCUGAAUGAUCAGCAAAAUUCGUCUGCCCCCAUCAUUCGUCUGUUUUGCAUUAAGGACGACGGACUAGCUGCCACCCCUCCCAUCCACUCCUCGCAACACCCAAUCCAUGUAUUACGUUACUAGAUUAGCUCUCGCGUCCUAUCAUCACCGGCUUCUCUUUUUUUUUUUUUUUUCAUUUGUGCUCAAGACGACGCAAUACAUAAUGAUUGAGCCGACUGAUGAUUGGUUUAACAAAAUUUCAGCUUAACGUCGUUUGAUUGAGCCAUUCGCACUAGUUCGAGGAGAAAAAAGUAGUGGACACCGGGAUUAGGUAGAGGUGAGGGGUUCCUUUUUCAUUGUACUUCUCUUUGAAGGCAGAGGUUUUUUAGGCGACGGUUGUAUUAGACAUCAAGAACCUGACGAUAGCAAGUUAAAACAUGGCCUUACUUCUUUAAUUUUUGGCUCACGAAUGUGUGUCUGUGUGAUGGAUACAUUGGAAAAUAAUCUGCUCUGUAGCCACAAAAUAUACAAAGACAUACUCA